UUUUCAAAGAAUUAAAAUUAAAGUUCAAGUCUCACUGCAUCACCACCAAAACACACACACAUGCCCACACCUUUACCACUUUCCCUCCUUUCAUCAUUGAUUCUUGAUCAUAAUAAAACCUCUCAGCUCCUCUCCUCUGUGGCUUUGCGUAUGCAUUUUCCAAUCUCCAUGCCUUCUCUCUCUCUCUCUCUCUCUCUCUCUCUCUCUCUCUCUCUCUCCAUACCAUAACUUUUAAAAGCAGAGAUUUUGUAAUCAUCUUCACACGCACAAACAUCACAAACAGGCUCAUACAAUUCUUACCUCCCACGCCAAGCACCAUACCCUCAAGUUUACAUGACCAAUUUUUAGACACAAAAUGAAAUAAGUUAUAACCCCCCCACAAGCCCCAACCCACUUCUUAACUCAAAAUAAUAUCAAACCUCAGCUAAAUACGUCAAAAGCCUUAACCAUGAGAACCAAAACAACCCUCUUCUUUUGGUUCUCAGCCUUUGUCAUUGCACUUGUUUCCACUAUCAUCUCUCUCCAUCACAUCCCCUCCUCUCUCUCCUCAACUUCUACUAUUGCCAAAAGUGCUCAAAAUAGUUUCAAGCUUGCUAUAUUAGAUGGAGUUUUCAAGAAAAGUGGUGAGAGCUUAUUGUCUACCUUGAGAAGCAUUGUGUCCAGACACCACCACCACCACCACCACCGCCGCCGGCGGAGCCCUAAAUGUGCCAACACAAAAUGGAAAUUUAGGCUCGUAUCUGAAUACAAUGUGUCCCUUGUUUUGACAGUAGGCUUAAAGGGUUGCACAAAUUUUAGUAGCGUGCAAAAGGCAGUAGAUGCUGCUCCUGAGCUUAGCAACUAUAGAACCCUCAUCAUAAUCGAUUCGGGUACUUACAGGGAAAAGGUGACGGUGGCUGCUAACAAGACCAAUUUGAUAUUUCAAGGUCAGGGCUAUCUUAACACCAUCAUAGCAUGGAAUGACACAGCCAAUUCUACUGGAGGGACGGCUCGUAGCUCUUCAGUUGCCAUCUUUGCUCCCUAUUUCACUGCCUACAAUAUUAGCUUUCAGAACACAGCUCCGCCACCAGGUCCUGGAAGAAUUGGAGCACAGGCUGUGGCACUAAGAAUUGCAGGAGAUCAAGCUGCAUUUUAUGGAUGUGGCUUCUAUGGUGCCCAAGACACCCUUAAUGAUGAUCGUGGGAGGCAUUAUUUUAGUGAAUGUUUCAUUCAAGGGUCCAUCGAUUUCAUUUUUGGCAAAGCUAAAUCACUCUAUGAGGGGUGCACCAUUAAUUCGAUAGCAAAUGCGGUCAAACGGGGGAUAAGUGGAGCCGUCACGGCACAAGGAAGACAGUCGGCGCAGGAGCAAAGCGGAUUUUCGUUUGUGAAUUGCAGCAUUGGAGGAAGUGGGAAAGUGUGGCUUGGUCGAGCUUGGGGAGCUUAUGCAACUGUGGUGUUUUCUAAAACAUACAUGUCUGAUGUUGUGGCUUCAGAUGGAUGGAAUGACUGGAGAGACCCCUCUAGAGACCAGACAGUGUUGUUUGGGGAGUACGAUUGUAUGGGAUCGGGCUCAAAUUAUACGCAUAGAACCUCGUAUGCAAGGCAACUCAAUGAAUCUGAGGUAGCCCCCUUCUUGGACAUUUCCUACGUUGAUGGAAAUGAGUGGCUUUUACAUCCUCCACCCUUCAAUCUUCAUGAUGACCACUAUAAGCACAAUGAUCAAUUGACUCAAACUUUCUAAUUUGAGUAACGUUUUCUUUGACAUCAGAUUAUCUAUCGUCUCGCUUGAUCAAGUAGAAUCAUGUCCAAAUGUGCGUUUUUUUAAUAAGAAAUCCACAGUCUGAUAAUAUAACAUAUUAGAUUGUGUUGGCGUGACUUGUGGACUAUUGACUUACUUUCC